UGACAGGUCACAGAGAUGAAAAGAGGUUUAACCAAAUUAGCGUAUCUCGGUCGUUCCCUGUCCACCAGCGCAAGACGCGGAGGGAAGUUUAAUGAACCUCUUUCAGGGAAUGAAAUGCCCCGAUCCGGGGGGAUAGCAUCUAUGAUGCGUCUCCCCAUUCAGAAUGACUCACAAGGUCUGGGGGCCUGUUUUGUGGGGAUACCUAUGGAUAUCGGGACGUCAAACAGGUCUGGGACAAGAUUAGGUCCACGACAAAUCCGGAGCGAGUCUGCACUCAUCCGAAAGGUCAACAUCGCCACAGGAGCCUCGCCUUUCGACUCCUUCCAGGUGGCUGAUGUCGGUGACGUGAACUUUAAUCUUUACCACCUCCCCAAGGCCUGCGAGGACAUCCGUAAUCAUUACCGAAAGUUGAUCAGCACUGGCUGUAUUCCUCUGACAAUGGGAGGAGACCAUACCAUUAGUUAUCCAAUACUCCAGGCCCUGAAGGAGAAAUACGGACCUGUUGGUAUGGUACAUGUAGACGCCCACUCAGACACCAGCGAUACGAUGCUGGGUGAAAAGAUUGCUCACGGGACACCCUUCCGACGGGCAGUGGAGGACGGAUGUCUAGACCCUCACAGAGUGAUUCAAAUUGGUUUACGAGGAUCAAACUAUUCAGUGGAAGACUACGACUGGGCCAAGAGUCAGGGAUUUCGGAUAGUGACAGCCCAGGAUUGUUGGCACAAGUCCCUGGCCCCCCUUAUGAAGGAGGUUCACGAGAUGAUGGGGAAUAAACCAGUUUACAUUUCAUUUGACAUUGACGGACUCGACCCUGCGUUUGCUCCUGGAACAGGUACCCCUGAGAUUGGAGGACUGACAUCUAUACAGGGGCUGGAAAUUGUCCGGGGCUGCAGGGGAUUGAAUGUAAUCGGGGGAGAUCUCGUAGAGGUGUCCCCUCCCUACGAUAUGAACGGCACCACGGCGUUGACGGGGGCUAACCUUCUGUUUGAGAUGUUGUGUGUUCUCCCAGGUGUCAAGUACCACAUAUAAUGAUAAAUUCAAAGCGACAGCAGUUCCAUACCUUCCUUAAAACUGUCUCAUAAAUAAGAACAGUGAAGACUUACUACCGUGUAACGGACUACUUUACUUAGUAACCAGAACCUUUAUAUCAUGUUUUGAAAGGAUAAAGUAAAUAACAACAAAUGCUUAGUAAUUCUUACUGGAGAUUUCUUCAACCUCAUGGAGACAUUUAAGUAAUUUGUAGAUGAAAUAAAAUUAUAUGAGCAUGUGUAA